CCGUGUCCGGCUGCGCUCCCAGCCCCGUGCCCGCCUCCGCUCCCGGUUCCGCUUUCGGCCCCUCCAGCACCAUCGGCUCCGGUUCCGUCCCCUCCGCCAGCGCCGGUCCCGGCUCCGCCCGCGGCUCCGGCCCCGGCCCCGCUGCCGGUCCCGUCCUCGGCCGCAGCCCCAGCCCCGCUCCCGGUGCCACCGCCGGCUCCGCCCGCAGCCCCGGCCCCAUUCCCGAUCCCAUUCCCGGGCUCAUCCCGGCUCCCGAUCCCAUUCCGGGCUCCCGAUCCCAUUCCCGAUCCUAUUCCCGGCCCCAUUCCCAGCUCCGGAUCCCAUUCCCGGCCCCGUCUCUGCUGUGGGUCCCAUUCCCGGCUCCACCCGCAGCUUCUCCUCCGGCCUCGAUCCCAUUCCCGGCCCCAUUCCUGAUCCCAUUCCCAAUCCCAUUCCCGGCCCCAUCCCCUCUCUGGGUUUCACCCCCGGCUCCACCCGCAGCUGCAGCCGCUGUCCCCAUCCCUGUCCCCAUCCCUGUCCCCAUCCCUGUCCCCAUCUCUGUCCAUCCCACUCCCCAUCCCUGUCCCCACUAACUCCAGCCCCAUCCCCUCUCUGUCCCCAUCCCCACUGCCAUUCCUCCCUCCCCCAGUGCCACCAGCAGCCCCAUCCCCAUUCCCAGCCCCAUCCCUGUCCCUAUUCCCAUCCCCAUUCCCAUCCCCAUCCCCAUCCCCAUUCCCAGCCCCAUUCCCUGUCCCCAUUCCCAUUCCCAUUCCCUGUCCCCAUUCCCAGCCCCAUCCCUGUCCCCAUUCCCAUCCCCAUUCCCAUCCCCAUUCCCAGCCCCAUCCCCAUCCCUGUCCCCAUCCCUGUCCCCAUCCCUGUCCCCAUCCCUGUCCCUAUUCCCUGUCCCCAUUCCCAGCCCCAUCCCCGUCCCCUCCCCGUCCCCGCCGGGGCUCCAGGCUCAGCGGGCGGCCUCUCGCCGUCUCCGCCGCUCGCCACCAUCGCUCCCAAGGGCGACGAGGACCUGCUGGCGCUGGCCGCGUCGCGGCUGAGCCGCAGGAAGCGGGUGGCCGGCGUGGCCAUCGGCGUGGCCAUGCUGCUGGUGCUGCUGGUGGCCAUCCCGCUGCUCGUGCACGGCUCCAAGGCGGCCGCGCACUACGAGAUGCUGGGCAGCUGCCGCAUGGUCUGCGACCCCUACCCCGAGCUGCCCCCCGCCUCCCCGCCGCCCUUCCUGCCCGGGGCCAAGGGCGAGCCGGGCCGCAAGGGCCGCGCCGGCCUCCGCGGGCCACCGGGGCCACCGGGCCCGCGGGGACCUCCGGGAGAACCGGGCCGGCCGGGCCCGCCGGGGCCUCCGGGGCCGGGGCCGGGCGGGUACAUCCCGUCCUUCUACAGCCCCAAAAUCGCUUUUUACGCCGGCCUGAGGAAGCCGCACGAGGGCUACGAGGUGCUGCGCUUCGACGAUGUGGUGACCAACGUGGGCAACUACUACGAGCCCUCGAGCGGCAAGUUCACCUGCCCCCUGCCCGGCAUCUACUUCUUCACCUACCACGUCCUGAUGCGCGGCGGGGACGGCACCAGCAUGUGGGCCGACCUGAUGAAGAACGGGCAGGUGCGUGCCAGCGCCAUCGCGCAGGACGCGGACCAGAACUACGACUACGCGAGCAACAGCGUCAUCCUGCACCUGGACGUGGGCGACGAGGUGUUCGUCAAGCUGGACGGGGGCAAAGUGCACGGCGGCAACACCAACAAGUACAGCACCUUCUCCGGCUUCAUCGUCUACCCCGACUGACCCCCGGGACCCCCGGGACCCCCCCGGGAACCGGGACACCCCCGGGACCCCCCCGGAACCGGGACCCCAACUGAGCCCCAAAUCCAGCACCUCCUCCGGCUUCAGCAUCUGCCCCGAGUGACCCCCGAGACCCCCCCGGGAACCGGGACACCCCCGGGACCCCAAAUCCAGCACUUCCUCCGGCUUCAGCAUCUGCCCCGAGCGACCCCGAGUGACCCCCCGGGACCCCGGCCCGGCCCCGCCA